UCAAACCACCACAGCCAGAGCAGCUCUCGAGAGGAACAGAGCAACAGUCAGCUCUCAUAUUCUGGAGUCAGAUACCCCCAAUAUCCUGCUCCCAAUCCUGGUUAUCAAAACUGGUCAGGGCGAAGGAGUCUGCCAGCAGGAAAUAAAGUGAAAUGCAUAUAACACAAAGGAACCCCCGUCAGGAACAUCGUAGACAAGGCGAGAAAUGAGUGUGGACCGAAUGUUCUCGAAAAAGGCAGUCGUGACCAAGGCCUUCCUGCUUUACCUCACCUCCGGUGUGCUCAAAGUUUGGGUGGUUGGCGAAUUGCCAGAUGUGUGCACCUCUUGCCAUGCAAACGCCACAUGUGAGGACAAGAUGGAUGGGAGCGGAGGCAAGGUCUGCAACUGCAUGUAUGGCUUCCUAGGCAACGGCAGGACUCAAUGUCUAGACAAAGAUGAGUGUGAGAUGGGGGCUGAUAAAAUUUGCGGAGAUCACACGGUCUGCCACAACACCUACGGCAGCUUUUACUGCACCUGCCUCAGCGGCUACAGCCCAUCCAACAACCUGGUGAUUUUCAUUCCCAAUGAUGGAACCCACUGUAAUGACAUUGAUGAGUGUAGGGUACAAGGUAUUUGUGGAGAGGGGGGCCGAUGCAGGAACGUGCAGGGUGACUUUAACUGCCUCUGCCAAGUCGGAUAUAAAGUGCAGAAUGGAUCAGAACCAUUCCACCCACACCGGGACAAGGCCUUCUGCAAAGCCAUUGAUUGUGGGCAGCUUCCCUCCAUCCCCAACGCUGCCCUGCUCUCUGUCAAGGGAACCCGUUAUGGCAGCAUAGCUAAGUUUGGUUGUCUGGAAGGAUUCUUCCAGAAAAGUGGGCAUGACUCAGCAGUUUGUGGGGCCACAGGUGUGUGGGAAGGUCCCAGUCUGGUGUGCGAAGAGAUUGACUGUGGUGAGCCCCCAGCUCUCCCAAACUCUGUAACGGUGUGGAAUAAAGGCACUACAGUGGGCACAGUGGUGUAUUAUGAAUGCAGGGGUGGAUUCUAUAAUGCAGGACAUGGGAAUUUUUCAGUUUGUACCACAAGUGGCCGAUGGGACGGUGCAUCUAUACUUUGUGAAGAGAUUGAGUGUGGGGAUCCUCCAGUACUACCUCACAGUGGAUGGGCAUGGAACGGCAGCACAAAUUUGGGCAGCACUGUGUACUAUUACUGUAAUGAGGGAUUUUAUCAUGCGGGAGGAGAGAGUGUCUCUCUCUGCAUAGGAAAUGGUUACUGGACCAAAUCAACUUUACAGUGCAAAGAGAUUGACUGUGGUGACCCCCCUGCUCUCCCCCACUCUGUAAUGGUGUGGAAUAAGGGCACUAUAGUGGGCACAGUGGUGCAUUAUGAAUGCGAUGCUGGAUUUUACAAUGCAGGAAAUGUGAAUGUUUCAAUUUGUACAGCUGAAGGUUACUGGACUCAUCCUAAUAUACUGUGUCAAGAGAUUGACUGUGGUGAGCCGCCUGCUCUCCCCCACUCUGUAAUGAUGUGGAAUAAGAGCACCACGGUGGGCUCAGUGGUGUAUUAUGAGUGUGAGGAUGGAUUUCACGCCGUGGGUGGAUGGAGUGUCUCAGUUUGCAUGGAGCAUGGUUACUGGGACAAUGCUACUUUACUGUGUCAAGAGAUCAACUGCGGCCCCCCAACUGCUUUCCCCAACACUGACAUGCACUGGGAUGGUACUACAGGGCUGGGGAGUGUGGUUCGCUAUACAUGCAAACAUGGAUAUUACCAGGAAGGAGGAGGUAGUCAAUCCACAUGCACAUCAGCCAGAGAGUGGGAACAUAUUACUGUAACAUGCAGAGCAAACUGUGGUCCUGUCCCUUCACUGCCUCACACUGAUGUGGCAUGGCAGAAUGGCAGCGUGGCGGGGAGCGUGGCUCUCCAUCGCUGUCGCAGCGGGUACCGAAGCCGUAGGGGGACAGGCCUGUCUGUCUGCAUGGACACUGGGGACUGGCUGGUGGCCACGAUGCUCUGCAGAGAAAUCAAGCCGGCGAUCAGCAAGCCAGUGGUUUUUAAUGAAAAAUGUCUGCGAUGGAAAGCAGAAAUAUAUGAUGGGGACAAGGAGGAUUACAUGGUCCAGUUUGUGGGAUCCAGAGAAUAUCAGAGGAUGUUCCAGGACAAGAGGAAGAGGGUCUUCAGCUCAACAGCUGACUGGCCUGAACUCUGUUUGAACCUACUGCCUGGAACAAACUACACUAUUAACAUCACUGCACAGUCUGCCAGGUUCUCCUCAAUCAUCAUAGCCAACACUAGCAUCCAAGAAAGAAACUGCAGAUGUUUUGACUUCUGGCAAGUGCCACAAGUGCCAGAGGUUGUGUUCAGAGAUGUAGAGACGCCCCUGCCAUCUCUUUGGCUCCGGAGAUCCAUCAACACCUUGGACCCUAUAAGUGUGUACCAGGUGUUCGUGGUGCCCCUGGAGGGAACCAUGGAGUUUGACUGCAGAUCUCCCAGCACUCCGCACUUCCACGGCCUGGGAGAGGCACAUGGGUUGUAUGUGGCAGCACAGAUGCGGGUGGAGGAGAUAGGGAGUGAGCUGAGCUUCACUGUGGGGGACCAGAGCUAUUACGGUGGCUACUAUAAUGCCCCUCUGGAGCCUGGCAAAGACUACUACAUCAUACUACGUGUUGUCAAUCAGUGGGGAAAGGUAAAGGUGGUUAUCUAGUCUGGGGAAACAUGUUAAGAGAUGCUGCAGCUUUGUAUUGAAUGCAAUAUCAGUACUGAAUGCAACAUCACUACUCCUUGUGUGACAGAGAGAGUGACAUGGUCAAGGACAGACAUACUCCAUUAAAAAUCCAGGAGCCAGGAGUCAUUUGGCAAGGGCAAGACCUGCAUUAUCCAGACAUGACUUAAACUGAAUACUUGUGUGCUUUAAACCUAAGGGAACCUAGGACAAGCAGAGUGGGUUGCACAGUUAUUGUGACAUUUAAAUACCUACCAAAGAGCUUGGUGGUAGGUUUUUGUUAUACACCGGACAAUUUUCUGUUGUCACCCUUUCCUUUGCCAUCUUGUUUCUGCUUGUUUAGUAAAUUGAAUUAUUGCACUGGUCAGCUCAGUUUCCUUGAAUUUCUGCACCUGCCUCUGACAGUCUGCCUGAUAUGAUGCCCCACCCCACCCCAGCUAUGCCUCUUGUCUGUAACUAAUCUGACUUGUUACGUAAUGUGAAUGUUGGAAUCCAUCAGUCUGUGUGGUUUAGUUGAAAGCUCACAAGGAAUUAUGGGCUCAUUUUUGGACUCACUCUAACAAAAAAUGCCAAGAACAAUUCCAUCAGAUGAUUCAGUAAGUACCGAAUUAACAGUGUUUGGCCAACAUUUUGAUUUAACUCCAGCCAAGUUGCAGAAAGAAAAUAUUUUAUUCAGAGACCUCCUGUUUUAUGAA